GUCUACUAGUGGACAAAUCCUUCCUAUGGUAUAGGUGUUAGAACAAGAUCGCUUGCUGUCAUUCUAUCGACCUUUUGUGUACGGUUAAUAGUGAUAAUCGGCAUGUUAUUAUUUUGUCAACAUUAGUCUAUCAGGGUCACUUGGAAGUAUGUUAACUAAAGACUUGAUGACAUAAGCCAUGAUUGUAAACAGUUUAUCAAGAAGAAACAAGAUUUGUGUUUAUCUUUCACACUUUUUCACAACUGUGGGUGCACGCAUGUGGUGGUUUGGUAUUGGUCUAUUCAUUAUAGAAGUGACUCCAGAUUCAUUGCAGUUGACUGCAAUCUACGGGUUCAGUAAUGGUGGUGCAUUGUUACUCUUGUCGACAUUAGUAGGAGAUAUCAUUGACAGAACAGCAAGACUUAAGGCUGCACGCAUAGCCUUGUUUCUAAAUAAUUUUGGGAUCGCCUUGUGUUGUGUAGUUGUUAUCUUUGUCUUUACUUUUCGUCCUGAAAUUGAGACAAAGCUUCCAGAACAAGGACUUCUUAAGUUAUGUUUCACACUGAUUGUUAUUCUUAUGAUAUUUUCAAAUGUAUGCAAUCUUGGAAGAACCUUGGUCAUGGAAAGAGAUUGGAUUGUAGAAAUCUGCAAUAGAAAGACAGAUAACAUUGCUACAAUGAGUGCCACAUUCCGUUUCAUCGACUUAUGCACGAACGCCUUCGCACCAUUAUUAACAGGCCAGCUAAUGACAUAUGCAUCUAGUAUGUACGGUGCUGUUUUCAUUGGUUCUUGGAACAUCUGUGCGUUCUUCAUUGAGUAUUGGCUUAUUGGAAUGGUUUAUAGAAUGAACCCGGCUUUACAUUCUAAGGAUUCAACUAUUUAUGAACUUGAGGUGAUACAGAAUGAGGAAUUAAUGAAACCGUCUACAGGUCAUCUGGAAAAAGAAACUUCUACUACAGAAAAACAACUAAAAGAGAAUGAAACUUCUACCUCAGGAAAACAACUAAAAGAGAAUGAAAAUUCCGUGGAAAGUGUUCCAAUAGCAGAUCAAAACAUGAACAAGAGCCCUCAGAAAUCAGUGAAGUCUCCUGAAUCAAAUAAACAAGUGUCGUCUUUCGUUGGAAAAUUGUUCUUCAGUUUUAUUGCAUUAUAUAGAGGGUGGCGCCAUUAUAUACAAUAUAAAGUAGCAGUUGCAGGCCUAGCAUUAGCGUUUCUUUACUUCACAGUGCUCGGUUUUGAUAAUAUAACUAUUGGGUACGCUUAUAGUCAAGGUAUGACUGAGUCUAUUUUAGGUAUUAUCAAUGCAAUAUCAGCCUGUUUUGGUAUUAUCGCAUCUGUUGCCUAUCCAUUCUUACGUAAACGUGUUGGGCUGGUGAACACUGGUUUGAUUGGCCUAACUUGUCAAAUAUCAUGUUUAGCGUUAUGUGUUGUCUCAUUAUGGCUACCAGGUGGAACAUUUGGACCGGCGUCUGACGUUCAGAUGUCACGUGUUAAUGUUUCUUGCACAACUCAACUGUAUAUCAACACUACCUUGCCAACCAAUGAAACAUCCUGUUUUGACACUAUCGCCGAUAAAGGUUUUGCAGGAAUGUCAACUUCCCUUAUUGUUCUGUUCUCUGGAAUUUUGGGAGCACGAUUUGGUGUCUGGACUGCUGAUUUAGUUAUAACACAACUGUUUUUAGAAAGUGUAGACGAAUCAGAGAGAGGUCUAGUGAAUGGUUUUCAAUCAUCACUCAACAAAUUGAUGGACAUGCUCAAAUUUGUAAUUGUGAUGUUUAUAUCCGACCCAGCUAUGUUUGGGUAUCCAGCCAUAGUUUCGUAUUGCUUUAUUUGCUCUGCCUGGUUGUUAUAUGCUGUUUAUAAAAAGAGAACAACGGGAAACAUACUGUGUAAAGGAUGCUUGUAAAUCUGAAUGAACAUCAUUAUACAUGUGCAAAAUAUACAUAAAGUUCUUAACAUGAGGAUCUCAGGCAUACAGUUUUGUUUAUCAUAAAAUAUCUACGUAAUAACUGUCUGCUUAGUUAAGGCAAUUUAAAACAUGUGUGCAGAAAAUGAAUUAUUAAGCACCUCUGAAUUUCGAUAAAGGAAAAUAAAAAAAAAAACACUUUAAUAUUAGACAUCAUGUCUUGGUAUUAGUUGGAAAUCUAAGGUUACCACUGCCAAAGAAAAAAUUUUGCACAUUACAGUUUUUACUCUGUUAUUUAUAGUUACACAUGUUU